CUUGGCGUCAGUUCAGUUAUCACGGAACCGGUCAGCGAAAAACCAUGAUACCGCUAAUUAUUUUGUUACUGUUUGUUGUUGCGUUCUAUAAGUACGCUACAAGAAAUCACGACUAUUGGACAAAAAGGAAUGUGAAACACGAUCCGCCUCUUCCUCUAUUUGGUAACCAUUUGCGGAAUCAACUUUUGAUAAAGAGUGUGGCAGAAAUAGCAACAGAAUUUUACAAUAAAUAUCCAAACGAAAAUGUGGUUGGUUACUACAAAGGUACACAACCCGUAUUGUAUAUCAGGGACUUGGAUUUGGUAAAGCAAGUUAUUACCACGGAUUUUGCGGCGUUCUAUCCAAGAGGACUUGGUCGCUCGGAGAAGUUAGAGCCAAUAUUUGCAAAUCUAUUUCAUGCAGAAGGUGAUUUGUGGAGAUUACUCAGACAGCGGUUGACGGGGGCGUUCACAACAGCCAAGCUAAAAGCUAUGUUUCCGUUAGUGGUGCGUUGUGCAGAACGGCUGCAAGAUCUCCUCGGCGAAGGUGGCGAUUUCGAUGCACGAGACGUCAUGGCGCGUUUCACCACAGAGUUCAUCGGCGCCUGUGGCUUCGGCAUCGAAAUGAAUACUAUUAACAACGAACGCUCCCAGUUCAGAGAGUUAGGCAAGCGAAUCUUUACACGAUCUAUUAAAACUCUUAUUCUACUACCAAUUGUAGAAAUUUUCCCAGAGCUGAAAGAUAAGUUUCGUCUAGACGACACCACUCUAGAAAGGAAUAUCACGGAGAUAGUACAAGGUAUACGAAAACAAAGAAAUUACAAACCUAUUGGCAGAAAUGAUUUUAUAGAUCUACUUCUGGAACUGGAAGCAAAGGGGAAGAUUCAAGCUGAAUCUAUAGAGAAGAAGAACCCUGAUGGCACUCCUGUAAUGGUAGAAAUGGAGAUGGAUUUGCCGUGUAUGGUGGCACAAGUUUUCGUAUUCUUCGCAGCUGGUUUUGAAACAUCAUCUUCGGCCACUAGCUUCACUCUACACCAACUGGCUUACAACCCUGACGUUCAACGGCGAGUGCAACAAAACAUUGACGAAGUUAUGGAGAAACACAACAACAAGUUCAGCUACGCCGCCAUAUCCGAAAUGAUUCUUUUAGACAUGGCCUUUAAGGAAGGUAUGCGGAUGUUCCCGUCUCUAGCCACCCUUCACCGCAUAUGCAUGCGAAAGUACACACUACCAGGAACAGACAUUACCAUUGACCCUGGCGUGAAUAUCAUAGUGCCGGUGCAGGGAAUUCAUAUGGACGAAAAGUAUUAUGACAACCCACAGGAAUUCAGGCCAGAGAGGUUCACUCCUGAAGAGGUUCAAAAGCGGCACCAUUACGCUUAUUUGCCUUUUGGAGAAGGACCCAGGAUGUGCAUAGGAGCUAAGCUAGGCCAAAUGCAGUCAUUAGCAGGACUAGCAUCUGUGCUUCACAAGUUCACUGUAGAGCCUGCGCCCACCACCAAAAGAGUACCAACGGUGAACCACAAGAGCAACGUCGUGCAAGGGAUCGAAGGAGGUCUUCCUCUGCGCUUUAAGUUGAGAGAACAUACUAAAUAGGGCAUAUCACCAUGUAGAAUGUUGGUAUAGACAAGAAUAAAACUGUACCUAAAUAAGUUUCUUAAAUUCUUAUACAAGUAUUCAAAAUAUCGACAUAUAAUAAUACAGUAGCCACUAAAACAAGCGUUUGACAAAAAUUACAAAAAUAAAAAACAAUCACCACUCUAAAGUUACCCAUUUCUGCCGCCAAACAGUAAAGUGAGCAUUAAUGCGUUCCGGUUUGGAAAGAUAAAGUUGUUGGUGGCAUUUGAGAAUUGUCAACUUGUCUCAGGGUGACGGACGCAGUGGCAGCGCCUCCAAAAUCUUUGCGAUUUAAAACUCUGACUGGCACUGCAACUGUUAUGGAUAGGCGUGUCGCUUACCAUCAGGCGCACGACUUGUCCUUCCCAUCACUAAGUAUUAUAAAAAAUUCAUGAAAAAGUAAAAAUGUACUAGCAAUAGCAAUAUCUCGCGUUUCUGCGUCGCUUCUCACGCAAGUCGCGCCCUAUCAUGCUACCUAGCGCUGCUCUUUCAGAAAUAUCCGAAAAUUAAACUAUCAAAACAUUUUGAUGAAACAAUCUCACAACGAAUACGUGAUUUUCGUUUGGCCAUGAAACUUUAUACUCAAGACAGAACACUCGAAGCUAGAAACCUUGAAAUUUAAAUCUGGAGAGAUAAUUAUUAAUGGCUGCUGGAGAUUAACCAGAAAUCACUAACUGAACACUGGAGAGUAAUUAUGAUUUUCAAUGGAAAACCUGCGUCCGACCAGUUGCAACCGCGAAAACCUACUAAAAUGGCAAAUGCAUGAUAGUUUCGAAGAUUGUAUGAAAGAUAGAAAUAAAAAUUACGUCGAGGUUUUCGAUCUUGCUAGUGUCAGUCAAUAUGCUUAAAAGUGAUCAAUUGAAAUUCAUUUUUAAUCAAAUUUUAUAUUUAUUCUUUUACUUUUAAGUAUUAUUACAUUACAUAGUAUUACACUUUAUAAUUUCCGAUAGUAGACUAUUGUUACAAAUUUAAGCUUAUCUAUUGACAAAUACCGUUGAUUCUCCUUUCUUAAUGAGUCGUAUUUCAUUCAAAUGUCCUAGGGUUAAUGCUCGCUCCAACACAACAUUGUUUUUCGUACCUAUUUGCAGUACUAACUACGCUGGGAAUAGGUUUCUAAUCAGAGCAUGUAAAUCUUAUAAUGAUCGUUACCACCACAUCGAUAUAUUUACCUGUAUACUAAAUUGUUUUCGUCAAAUGUUAAAAAAGUAGAUUUUAGUUAAUAAAUUAAGUAAUUAUUUCUUUUCUGCAAUAAUUGUCUCUAUUUUUUUUUAAAACUUGUUUAGAGCUUUGUCAUUUGGUUACGCCAUUGUUUACAGAAUUUUGUCAUUGUGUAGUAGAUUAAGUGCUUUCGGCCUUCACUUUGUGAAUUAUCUAUCAUUGGAAACAAAAUUUGGCUAAAUUUAAUAUUUAAUAGGUAAACAAAACAUUUAUGUAAUAUGUAAGCUGUAUGUUUCUUUAAAUAA